AAGGAGCUGGCAACGGACCUGAUCCUGCAGUCGCUCCCUGAGCUGUAUAAGGGUUUUGUCAUGAACUACAUGAUGCAUGAUCUUGACAAACCCCUUCCGGAGCUUCUUAAAAUGCUCCAGACUGCAGAAGAGAACCUUACUAAGGGCAAGGGUGCUUCCGUCCUUAUGGUCCAAGGCGGAAAGGGGAAGCCGAAGAAGGGGAUUAAGAUUAAGGCUAGGAUGGUCGGAAAGCCUAAAUCGAAGUCCACUUCAUCUGCAACCCAGAAACCCAUAGGAGGAGUUGCAAAGGGCAAAUGUCAUCACUAUGUCGGCAAUGGUGCACCUGUUGCAGCUUUGGCAAUCGGAACUUAUAGUUUAGUCUUGCCUAGUGGUCUAAUGUUGGAAUUAAACGAUUGCUUGUACGUUCCUGCAAUUAGCAGAAACAUUAUUUCUGUUUCAUGUCUUGAUAAGAGUGGUUUCAUCAUUUCUAUUAAAAACAAGUCCCUUUCUGUUUACAGAAAGAAUGUUUUCUAUGCUAAUGCCAACAUGACCAAUGGGUUAUAUGUCCUUGACUUGGACAUGCCUGUCUAUAACAUAUCAGCCAAGAGGAACAAACUGAACGGUUUGAACCAAACAUACCUAUGGCAUUGUAGGUUAGGUCAUAUAAACGAGAAACGCAUAUCCAAGCUACAUCGGUCGGUAAUGCUGGAGUCAUUUGAUCUUGAAUCAUAUGACACAUGCGAAUCUUGUUUAUUGGAAGCAGAGUACAUGGCUGCAGCCGAGGCAGCCAAGGAAGGUGUGUGGCUCAAGAAUUUUAUUACUGAGCUUGGAGUGGUUCCUAGCAUCAAGAACCCUAUACCGUUGUUUUGCGACAACAAUGGGGCAAUUGCACAAGCGAAAGAACCUCGGUCUCACCAGAAGACCAAACACAUCGUUAGACGUUAUCACAUCAUACGAGAAAUCGUUGCACGUGGGGACGUUGAGAUUUGCAAGAUAGGUACAGACGACAAUAUCGCGGAUCCGUUGACGAAGGCUUUGGGAAAGCCUAAACACGAGAGUCAUACGUGGUCCAUGGGCAUUCGAGAAAUGCUUGAUUGGCCUUAGGGCAAGUGGGAGAUUGUUGUAUUUAGGUGCCCUAGCGGCAAUCAAAUACCUAUGUAACUGUACACUUUAUCAUGAAUGAAAGGCCUUGAAGUAU